AUCAUUUUACUAUCGGUUACUGUUGCUUGCGGUUGCCAAAGUAGGGACCUACCGAUAGACAGAUCUAGCCAGAGUGAGAGAGCGAGUGAGGCGAGUGUGAGGGACACUGGAGGGAAUCGCUUCCAGCUGUUGAGGACGGUGUUUGAUCACACACAGAGGGAGCACACUUCCACGGCUGCUGGUGCUUCUUUUGUCGUCGGGGGUCGGAGUCUUGUUUGAGAAAGGACUUGCUGAGUUUCUGGCUCAUGUGAAAAGGUUAAAAAGGCGAACGAGCGUGUGUUUCUUUUGCAGAGACUUCCUGAACGACAAAGCGUGCUCUAUUGUUUCGAGAGCAUAGUUUGGUGAAAGGCGUAGUGUUUUCCGGCGGUUGUGAAUAGCGUCAACUAGGAAUUGGCAGCUUCGGUUCCGGAAGUGCGCUAACAAGUGAAAGUGUUACCCGCGGUUAGAAAAUUGAUGAGUCAAAAUGAAUAAGUACCUGGUUGGAAGACUGUUGAUCUGCCUGUUGGUAAUGUUUAUUGCUAGUGCUCGAGGUGCUAGUAGCUACUUCUACGAUUCGGAGGAACCCUAUCCCAACCUGCUGGACGAUGACAAUGAAGACUCGGAAAAGGCUAUGUCAGAUGACAGUUUACUGGACAAUAUGCUACAACAAGGUGCUUCCAAGCGCUCCUCAUUGAUCCAGGUCUACCGGAGGUCAUGCAUUCGACGGGCUGGCACGUGCGAUCACCGUUCCAACGACUGCUGCCACAACAGUUCCUGCCGGUGCAAUCUCUGGGGCUCGAACUGUCGGUGUCAGCGGAUGGGACUGUUCCAGAAGUGGGGAUGAAUGGUUUACUGUUCCCUCGAACGCCGCGGCUCGAUCCACUCGUAUGGAGGAUGGUUUUUCCCCAUGAUGUCACUUAAGCGUGAAAAACAUCCAUCAUCGCCAUCAUCGGGUCUAGUGCUAUUGCUGCUAUUACUAUUGGUUAUCGGACCGACAACGCAUUCGUCCUUUGGCUGCUGAUUAACGGAACAAUGAUUGGAUUUUCUUCUGCAAAAUAUAACUUCGAGGACCUACGGCAACAGGACACACAUAUGGCAAACAAACAAUGAAAAUACUGUAUUUGAUGGUGAAAUCUGGUUCAUGCGCUAUUUUCUGAGAAAAUUCGGUGAAAAUGAAGAAAAUACAAACCUCGACUUUUACGUUUGUUUAGAUUAAGUAAACUUUGGUUUGUUGCGGUGAACUUCUAGUCAGACGGUCAAUGCUUUAGUUGAAACUGAAAAAUGAGGUAUGUUUUACACAACUGAAAAGGAAUACACUACUUAAUGAUAAUGAUAAUAAUGAUAAUGAUAAAUGAUAAUAAUUAUGAUUAUAUGCAGAGAGAAAAUAUUGUCUAGGUUAUUCAGAUUCAUUCUUUACUGUUUAAGAGCUAUAAGUUGAGUGAAAGACGAUGGAAGAUGAGAAAAAAAAUGAACUAACCCUAGAGCAGCUAAUGGAAAAAAAUAAAGAAUUAUAAAGAGGCAACUUAUAAUCAAUUAAUCGAUGCUUUAAAGAUGUAUUCCACACACAAACCUAUUUAAAGCCCAGGAUGUUGAGAAGCUAAGCACUUCAACUUUGUGAAACCAUGUUGAAUGUUUUUUUCUGAUGUCCAGUGGAUUUUGAUACGACUAAUUUAUUCGCUGUUUGUGCAAUAUAAACAGAUGAAUAUCAACCAAUAUAUAAGUGUUACGAACGAAGAAGACGAAAAUCUGAAAACGGAGCAGUAAGAAAAACUAAUUAAUUAGGAGUAAUUAAUAUGAACGGAAAAGUGUCCAGAGCACGGUUCUCCUCGGAAAACAGGGCAGACCAUCAUCGUCCGGCACCCCAACCGUUUCCCAGCCUUCAAAAACGAGCGAGUGUUAUUAGCUGAGUGAGAAAAGUCCUCUGCAAGCACUUUUCCCCUGCACGCAUACCUACUUGAGAAAAAUAACUAACGGAUCUAUGCGAUAUGCAUUAAGCACAUUUAUCAGACUUCCUCUCCGAUGUUCUUAUAUACAUGUGUAGUAAACGAUUUAUCUCCCAUUUUCCAACAUCUCACUGUUGUACACUGCGACCGCUUUACUGUGGAAACUUAGUAAAAUCCACAACCACAAACACAUCAGGAGCUUAGUAUCCAUCAGCAAAAAAAAAAACCCGUAAGCAAAACCGAUAUUGCUACUCCGGCAGAUAAGCUGUCCGCCACCAUUAUUCGGUCUGUUGGGAUGAUCCCUCCCGCUCCGACUCCGAAAGCUUCAACUUCAAUGCUAUUUCCUACAAAGGUACGUAGUUCUCUUCCCACACAUCUGUCUGGCGCCUGUUUCACACUCCAUUAGGCGAAUCCACAUGCUCCCUUCCUUGUUCAGUGUGUAACACUGGUAAUCGUGUGUUAUCUUACUGUUGGAAGUUUUUCCGAAGAACUGAGAUCAUCGGCUUUGGCACUUCCCCACCGUUUCAUGGAAACGUAUGAAGAUUCCGAUAAAUUUACCUUCUCCGAGCUUAGUUUUGCUGAUUGAACCACGCAUAACUGCUCAUCGGUUCCAUUUUUGUUUCAUUUUUCAUCCAUAUGGAAUAGUUAUGCGCAGGGAAAAAGACAACAAAUCAAUUACCACCCACCCACGCGUUUCGCUAUUUUGAUCCAGCAGCGCGCUUCAUAAAGUCGUAAAUCACGUCUUUAUGCGUCAUAUCUCAUUCCACUGGAGCGUAGGUAGUUGAUUCCACCCGUAAAAAAUCGACUAGGAAAACGUUUUCCUACAAUUGGAAUUGAAUCUCCUUUCCGAGUCGGAGCAAAUUUGCUGUCAGUCAAUAUGGCUAUUCAUUUUCGUGAACAUUUCCGUUCCACCUGUGACUACUUCCCAUCUUAUCUAAUAGUUAAUUCUAUGGAUAAAUUGUGUCUGCCUGGGUUAGCAAAAACAAAAAAGGUCUCCAGAUAUGGUGGAUUGUGAACUUAUGCGACCAGUGCUCCUCCAGGCUGCAUUUGAUUACUACCAUAUUUAUUUAUUUUUAUUAAAUAGCUGCCCUUUUGUAAAUGUGUAUAAAGUGUAAAGAAGACGAGGGAGAUGAAGAGAAACAAAUUAUGAAAACUUAAAAAAAAAAAUCAUACAAAACAAAGGAAUGAGCAAACAAACGAACGAAACACGCAAAGAAGGACAAGGUGAAUCGAUGACAAUGAAGAGUAAGUUAAUAAAAAUAUAGUAAAAACCAAAACUAGCAGCAACUCGUUCGCGCCUGGUUUUUCAUUUCGGAAGGUAGAA